CAUUUCCAUCUUUUGCAACAAGUGGGUCGAAAUAGAUCCAUCGGUGGAUCCAAAGGUCGUGCAUGGUGGACCUUCUAAGCAAGCUCGAAGAGGCCAAGCAGACGGGGCUGCUGCACCUCGUGCAGUUCAACCUGCGCGCCGUGCCGAGUGACCUUUUUCGCCUCAAUUUUGCAGCCUUGUACCGCUUGGAUCUCGGCUUCAACCACGUCCGCGUCCUCCCCGAUGCGAUCGGGCAGCUUGCCGCGCUCGAAUUUCUUUGGCUCAACGACAACCCGCUGCAGUCAAUCCCACCUUCGAUCCACAAGUGCGCCAAGCUGCAGGUUCUCGACCUCAAUCGCACCGAGCUGCGCGACUUGCCGUGCGAACUUGGCCGCAUGCAGCACCUCAUCGUCCUCGACCUCGACCGCGUCCCGCUGGCCGCCAAGCUCCUUGCUGCCACGCAGGUCGUCGGCAAGAGCGAGAAGCAGGCGCAAGCCGUUUGCGCGAGCGUGCUACGCUACCUCCACCGCAAGGACAUCCGGCGCCAGCAAAAGCAAAUUCUGUUUGAAAAACUCAAAGACGGGCCGUACCGCGAAAGCGCCGAUACGAACGACGGCAUGGAGCGCAUCCGCCGCCUCAUGAAGCGCGCGAUCAAAGAGUUUCCGACCGAGGACGACGUCCAGAGUCUGAUCCGCAACCUGGAGCGUCUAUUUCCACCCAACUUGAUCGCGGCCAGCGACCACCCUGCGGCGACGGCGACCGCGAUGCGAUCGCAGUUUAUACAGCUCAAGCAAGACAACCAGAAGAAGAAGCUGGCGGCCGAGCUCGAGCUCAAGAUCCGCAAUAUUUACUUUGAUCGAAUCGAUCCUAUGGCCGUGGAACCCAUGGUGCUGUCAAUCUACACAGAGAUCAAGUCGCUCAAGGACAUCAAAUUUCUCAUUCGGUAUGCCACAAGCUUGUUUCCGCCGACCGCUGCCGAAGUGGACGGCGCCGAGCUCCGCGAUCGGCUCUUCGCCCUUCAGGACGAAAUGGCCCGCGAGCGGCAAAAUGCCAUCGACAAGGUGUUUGUGGCCGUCACGAAUAUCUACAGCGACGUCGAGCCCGACAAGAUCCGCGCGCUCAUUGACCAAGUCGUGCCGCUCUUCAAGAAUGUCAAAGACCUCAAGACCUUGGCCGCGGACGCCGCGCUGCACUUUCCGAGCGAAUUCCUCAACGCAGUCGCCACCGACGUCAAGCAGAGCUUUGUCCGCAAGGCCCAAGGCGCCACCGAUAUGGACAAGACCCUUCCAACGACCAAGACGUGAUUGCGUACAAGUGGAAUACUACUCGUUUAACGC